GUCUGUUUUGUUGUUGUUCCCAACCAGGUGUUCAGUAAGAUGGGCAUACCCCAGGUGAGAAAUCCGGCACUCCCUCCACCGGACGAGAUGCCAGAGAGCUACCACUCUCGGAUCGCUCUGAUUGGCUGUGGGCCGGCCAGCAUCAGCUGUGCCUCCUUCCUGGCCCGUCUGGGCUAUGAUGACAUCACCAUCUUCGAAAAGCAGAAGUACAUUGGCGGACUAAGCUCUGCAGAAAUACCUCAGUUCACUCCCUACGAGGUGGUGCACUUUGAGGUGGAGCUGAUGAAAGACCUUGGGAUACAGGUUGUGUGUGAAAAAGCGUUGGGUGAAGAUGGAAUGACUUUACUCUCUCUAAAAGAAGAAGGUUACAAAGCGGUCUUCAUUGGAAUCGGGCUUCCUCAGCCGAACCGAAAUCAGAUGUUCAAGGGUCUGUCUGUGGACCAUGGCUUCUACACCUCCAAGGAAUUUCUGCCUCUCGUUGCGAAGGCCAGCAAAACAGGGAUGUGCAGCUGUCGUCCAGCCCUGCCUGAGCUGGCUGGGACGGUGAUCGUGCUGGGGUCGGGGGACACGGCCUUCGACUGCGCCACCUCUGCCCUGCGCUGCGGCGCCCGCCGCGUCUACGUCGUCUUCCGGAAGGGCUUCACCCACAUCCGAGCUGUCCCAGAGGAGAUGGAACUGGCCAGGGAGGAAAAAUGUGAGUUCCUCCCCUUCCUGUCCCCGCGUGAGGUCAUCAUGAAGGCGGGCCGCGUGGCAGGAAUGGAGUUCUGUCGGACGGAGCUGACGGACGCCGGCGAUUGGCUGGAGGACGAGGACCAGAUCAGUCGGCUCAAGGCGGAUUACAUCAUCAGCGCGUUCGGAUCCGUGCUGAGCGACCCCAAAGUGAGGGAGGCCCUGGCUCCGAUCAGGCUGAACUGCUGGGGGCUUCCAGAGCUGGACCCAGAGACCAUGCAGUGCAGCCAGGCCUGGGUGUUUGCUGGAGGGGACGUGGCUGGACUGGCCAACACCACCGUGGAGUCAGUCAACGACGGCAAGCAGGCCUCCUGGCACCUCCACAAGUACCUGCAGUCUCUCCACGGAGAAGACGUCCCGGCCGUUCCCACGCUGCCCCUCUUCCACUGCGCCAUCGACGCCGUCGACAUCAGCGUGGAGACGGCCGGCCUCAGGUUCCCCAACCCCUUUGGCCUGGCUUCGGCCCCGCCCACCACCUCCACCGCCAUGAUUCGCAGGGCCUUCCUGGAGGGUUGGGGCUUCGCUCUCACCAAGACCUUCUCAUUGGACAAGGUGCUCUAUUGGAUUGAGAUCUGGUGA